AUGCCCGAUCUACAGUUCACGAUGGAAGAGGAAGUAGAGGACAAACUUCCAUUUUUGGAUGUUCUCGUCUGCCGUCAACCAAAUGGCGAAUUAGCAACGUCGGUUUACAGAAAACCGACGAACACGCUGCGAAUUCUCAGCGACCACAGCAACCACCCGCCACAACACAAACGAAGCUGUGUCCGCACGCUGUACCGACGAGUGGAAACUCAUUGCAACACGCCAGCCGCCAAACUGAAUGAGAUAAAGCUCCUCCGAGAACUCUUCAGAGCCAAUGGCUAUCCGCUAGCAUUCAUUGAACGAAGCCGGAGGCAUCCAAGGAAACGGAACGAAGGGCAUAGUCAGCCAAACUCGUGGUGGAGCAUUCCGUACAUUAAAGGGGUCUCCGAAGUCGUGGCCCGAUCACUCGUGCCACUCGGAAUAGGUGUUGCCCACAGGCCUGACUCAACAAUCCGCCGGCAAGUGAUGCGGCCGAAAGAUCCGAUCCCUAAGCAGGAGAUGCCGGCCGUUGUCUACCGACUUCAAUGCAGCUGCGGAAGUUGCAACUACGUUGGGGAAACCGGCCGACGGCUGCAAACGCGAAUGCACGAGCAUAAGUUGGCCGUGCGAAGGUUGGACCCAACGUCGGAGGUAGCAACCCAUGCCGCGCAAAUGGGACACAUCUUCAACUUUGACGCCGUUGAGAUUGUGGGCCGGGGCAGCGAUCACACAGCAAGGCAAGUGCAAGAAGCCUGGAUGUCCACCGACCGCUCUAUCAACCGCCACAUCAAUUUGCCUCCCCCCUAUCUGACUUUACGAACCUUCUUAGCGGGGGACAGUCACGGCGCGGGACAAUCGGGGCCGUCCGUCAUCACCGCGGCCGUCGGGGGCGAUUCAGGUCACGGUGACAUGCGGGUUGGAUGCAGCCACACAGGCGGCAUUGGCGGAUCACGCAUUGGACAAAGGGCGCCAUAA